CAGCCAUGCAGGCAGCUCAAUCCGGACCAGCAGCGGCGGCAGCAGCAGCAGAAAUGUGAAGAUGGAUUAGAAAAUUAUGUGCCUCGGCUGCCAUCAUCAACAUGUUCCCGGGAGUUUUCUAUGCACUGCUGGCGGGUUUCCUCGGGGCCGUGGCGUCGUCGUCGGCCAAGCUGUCCCUCGGAGCCGACUACCUGAAGGGAGUCUGUGAAACCGGACUCCGGACGUGGGGAGAGCAGCGGAAAUUCAGACAAGCGGACGAAACUACCACCUGUGACCGGCUCCAUAUCCCUCUGAGGCUGCUGUGUGGCGGACUCCUUUUCACCUGCAACGCUGUGAUGUGGACCUUCCUCGCCAAAGCACUCAGGUAUUCCUCUUCCUCCACCCGAACCACUGUGACCACCACCGCCUCCAACUUCAUAUCUUCCGCUUUCCUAGGCCAGCUGAUCUUUGGUGAAGCCCAGAUAACAUUGUGGUGGGUUGGGAUUUCUCUGACCUUCUCUGGUCUGUUGGUACUGCAGAGGGUUUCGCCACAGGAUGGACAACACAGUGCCGUCGCCAAGAAGGAUGAAUAAUAUGGCUGGUCUCCACUAGUUCAGCUCAGCCUGGCUCCAGCUGGCUGUGGUAUGUUGUAUGCUUUGGUUGGCAACUCCUCUGAUUUUAACAUCGAGCCAAAGUGUAAUGAAAUCUGAAAACAGCAGUUGUGUUUAGCGUAUUUUGUUCUUUAACUCAAAUACGUGUACUUAACAUGUACUCAUUGUAACAAUAACUUACUGCUAUACAGUGAAAGAGCAAGAAGAAAUCUGUUGUUAACCUUCCAAUCGUGUAUUUUCGUAAACAGUUUAACUAAAUACCACUUAAAUUGUGCCCUUAUUUUGAAUUACUGACUUUUUAUCCUUCAGUUUUUGGCCGUGCAGGCUGUGAAACCCUGCUGGUUCUGAAAUCAGAGGAGAUGCUGGCUCUCAGCCAGUCUGGCUGUGGUGCUGCUCCAGUUGGACUGGUGGAGACAAGCUAAUGGAAGCCUGCGUCCAGUUUCUCCAGAAGCUGUAAAAUCAUCUCUAUCCACAGGCUUACAACGAAGCAAAAACAAUACUAGCUUUACGUUACUUUUUGAAAACCAUUUUAAAACCAUGGUGAGCUAUAACAGGGCAAAUGUGACGGAAGUGAGGAGACUAAAAGAAAUAGUUUGACAUUUUCUGAAAUGUGCUUAUUCAACUUCUUGCCAGGAGUUAGAUGAGAAAACUGAUGCCACUGUCAAGUCUGAAUGCUGAAUAUGAAGAGAGGGUUAUCUUAAGGUGCUUUUCCAACAAAAGUUCCAGGAACUUUACCUAGGCAGCAAAAGUUCUGUGUCAUUUUCACUGCAAAAUGCUUUUUCUGUGUGUCAAGUAAACAUCACACAGGAAACCUGGGAAAGGUCGUAUUAAUCCAUCAUGGCAGAAAGGCUGUAAGGCUGUAACCAACAGUUGUUUUCAUGAUCGAUACGUCUGACAGUUUCUUAAAUAAUCAAUUGAUUGUUGUAGAAAAUAGUGAAAAACAACAUUAACAUAUUGAAAUGUCUUGUUUCGUUCAACCAUUAGUCAAAAAGCACCUUCAGUUAACCCUUUCUUGGCUGUAGUUUGACAUUCGUUGACAGGAGACUGGUACUGAUCCUAUCAUCUAACUCUCGGCAAGAAAGCUAAUGAGGGUAUGUCAAGUGUCAAACUAUUCUUAUAAAGGAAGAGGAAAAUAACACACAGCAUGAAUAUAAUUUUAAGGACCUGUGUGUUCACGAGUUAUGGAUAAACAGCAUUGUUAACCGUGUACAAGAUGUUACCAUCUAUCAGCCUGUGCGUUGUGUAUUGCAGCCGUGAGACCACCAAAGCUUUCUUAAUUCUCACAUUUCCUUAAGUCACUAUGACACUCACUGUAAACAUCUUACACUGACUUUCCAUUUUAUGCAUGCUCAAGGCAACGUGAUAAACGAAGCUAACGAGGUGUACUUUCACAAGUAAUAAUCCUGCUAAUGUAGCACUGAAAGGCUUAUCCCUGGUGUGAUUUUGCCCUCUGCCAGGGUCUUUCUUUUACUUUUUCUUUGCCUUUCCUGACAGCUUGAACCUUAACCUCAAGAUACGAGCAUGACACAUGUUUCGAUUCAGAGGCAGCUGGUCUUCCAUUUCAUGACAGACGUGUGCAUGUUCCUACCGAGGCCUGAACUCAGAUAAAUCACACCAAAGCAUCCUGGAGCGUCAUUUCUCUCGACUUGAGUGACGUCUCCGUGAGCUGCUUCAUUUUAUUAAACUUGUGACUUAGGCGUCCGAACUGUCUCUCCAGGUUCAGAGACAUCACACGGCCUUUUUGAUUGCCUGUUGAGCUUUAUGUGCCCUGCGUUUGCAAUCUCAUAUUAUUCUGUUGCACGUCACGAAUAUCAAUCCAUCACCCGUCAUCUCUCUGGGUUUAAUAGACACCUGGUUCCAUUAAAAGCUUCCCUCUGCAUCCCUGGAGUUGUCAGCGAGAAUGCAAUAACAUUAUACGUCCUUUAAAUCUCAUGACACUGUGAUGUGUGCGAUAGCGAGGGAGCUUUGAGCAUUAAUAAUUGAGCAUAGAAAAUGGCAAUACAUGCUACUAGAGGGAUGUUUCUGUUAGCAUAAAUCAGCUGAAUAAGUAAACGGUAGUACACAGGCCUGAACGUGACGUCAAAGGCUCCUUCACUGAAUGGUGUUUUAAAAUCACACUUUGCUGUUGUUUGGAUACAUAUCAUAAUCUAAAUGCAUAACGGUAGCUACGAUACCCGUCUGUAACAUCCCACAGCAGCAACGCACAAAUAUAUCAGAUGUCCUUCCAACUGCUGCUGUGCAGGAUUUGUAUCAUGUGAUUUACACGCAUCCCUAUUAAUGUGACUGCAGAGACAAUGUAACUGCGCAGCUCUCAUAUUAAAGGCCGGCUAAGUGACGUUUCAUAGCAGGGCCGUACUCACCAUGCAGGAUUUUUUUCAGCAGUGGAGAUCACUCACAGCCACACACGAGAAGCGACUUCAGUUGUUUGUGCCUCCACGUUUUGGGAUCCUGAGUGUGUUGUGUUAAUUAAAGGAGUACUUGGACAAUUGGGGGGAAAAAGAACACUUACUAGCUUUCCUGCCAAAUGUCAGAUUAAAAAAAUCGACAGCACUCCCAUGUCUGUCCGAUUGAUGUGAAAGCUAGCAGCCAGUUAGCUUAGCUUAGCAUCAAGACAGGAAAGAGGUGGAAGCACCGGGCCUGCCUCUUUCCGAAGGUGACACGAUCCACCUCUAAAGCCCAUUAACACAUUAUAUCUCUUGUUUAAACAGUACAAAAAUGAAAGUGUAAACAAUUUCUGGUUUAUGUGCCAGAGUAUUUCUUGGAGCAGUGACUUCCAGCAGAUUAACAACCACGUUAAUCAGUGAGCUUAAGAGGUGUUUGGAUUUUGUUGUUCCCUCUGGACAGAGUCAGGUAAGCUGUUUCAAGCCUUUUAAACUAAGCUAACUGACUUCUGGCUCCUGCUACAUAUUUACAUUACAAACAUGAGAGUGGUAUUAAGCUUCUCAUCUAAUUACUGGCGAGGAAGUGAAUAAGAAUAUUCCCCCCAAAUGUCAAACCAUUCUUUUGACAUACCUUUAAUAUAUGUAACCUUUGCUUUUAUUCUGAAAAUAUCUCGGUGCCUGGCGUUUCUCCAGUUAACGGCAUGAUAUGAGGGUAAACCACCUACCUGUGAACCCACUCUCACUGUAAUAUAACCAAUCAGAGCUUUGCAGUAGCCACAUUUCUAGCUCUGUGACAGUGGCAUGGCCCUGAGUGUGAUGUAUUUAUAUCCAUGUGCACAUAAACUGUAGAUGUGGUUGUACAGAGAGAUUAGAAAAAUACUGAAAUAUUACCCUGACCUGACAAGGUGUGUGUCACGUUGAUGAGUGAGUGUGGUGCACUGAAGGAAGUAAGAGAGAGUUUAUCAGUAAUCAUUGAAUCAACAAAGAUUUUAGCAAUCUGAAGGUGUUCUGUUGACACCAGAGCUUCUUAGAGGGGACCAAGCUUGUUCAAGCUUAAUCUUUGAAAUAUUAAGUACGAGAAGCUCCAGAAUAAUGGAAAAGAGACUGAUUUUGUUUUUAGUUUAUUGGCACUCUUUAACCUUAGGUCCAUGCAGAUCAGUCCUCAUUUUUAAUCUGGAGGCUGCUGCACUGACAAAUUUAACUUUUAAGUUCAAUUUAUAACACAAAUCAAGACGGUGUGAUAAGAGGUAUAAACCAUAAUGUGUUUUACAGAGUAUGUGAGACAAUUGUUUGUAAAAGUGUAAAUAUAUUCUGUUAAUAGGAAACACUUAAAAUGGUGUGUAAAUUGUCAUCUCCACUGAGAGGAAACACUUAAAUUAUUAAAUAAACAUCUCAGCUGACAAACAAGAUCGUUGUUUCAGUCAUGCUUACUUAUACCUACAUUUUAUUGUAGAAUAAUUUAUCGGAAAUUAUAGUUUUACUGUCAAACUUUUGCCACCGUACUU